AUGGAGCUUUUGUUGACAUGGAAAUGCCCCCAUUGUACAAUUCUUGUUCAGGCUGUCAAAGAUGGCAAUGGUACUAUUUGCAUUCAGAGACCAGACGGAGGAGGACCAUUUUAUGUCUCUCCAAGAACCACCAUUGAUCAGCUCACUGAAAGGCAGAGGGGCGAUGCAAGGUAUUUCUAUGGUGGAUCUGUCGUUCUCACUUUGCUUGGUGUUGCCGAUAUUGGUUUGCAUUUUUUGUAA